GAAUAGUAAUAGCCAAUGUUGAUACGUGGUUAUGCCUUCUGCUAACGUGUAUCCAAACAUAAACCAGUAAUACAAAUCAAGUUUGGUCAAAUUUAAACAAGUAGAUUUGUCGCAAAUCGCUCUGCAUCGUAUCUAACACCAUUAACUAAAGAUAGAAUAGGCCGGACAUGAAAUGGGACUUUGUUUCUCAGAGUCUGAAUUACCAACUAGGAAAAAGAAAUUAUUGGUUUUUUAGCGCACUCUACACUUAAGCAACAGUAAAUUGGAGAACUGUACCACAGACGAAGUAUGUGAAGUCUAUUUAUGCAUCUCGUCUGUGGAUCAAGUAUAUAUCGAAGUUGGUGAAGUGAACAAAAAAAAUAACCAUGAUCUAUCUUAUUUAUAGCGAUAGGUGUAUCGUGUAUCUCAUCUGUAUUUUUACGAAACAACAUUUAUUACUAGUUUUAUCAGCAAUUCCUAAUGAAGUAUCAUGUGUCGAUAACAUAUUGAUUCACUAUUUUCAUCAUUGUAACCUUGAACUUGACUAACGUAUUCACUGUUUCUGGGGAGUGUCUGCAAUCUUGUAUUAGUAACUACUAAUUGUACCUUUUGUAUCAUUUUUAUUAGUAAUUAUGGAUCCUUCAAUCUUCCCUGAGGAAAUUUGGAUAAAAAUUUUAUUAUACUGCGAUGUACCUGACAUUAUUGCCAUCGGCAAUACAUGUAAAUAUUUAAGGAAAGCUUCAGAUACUGAUUACUUGAAAAUGAAGUGGUUACAGUUGAUUUCGAAGGUACACUUUAGAUUUCCAGAUAUAAAGUGUUUACAAUUACUUAAUGUAAGCUUUAAAGCAAUGUGUUAUAGAUUGUACAUGGUAAUUACAUUAGGAGAAAAUGUUCAUUUCCCAAAGUGUCGUCACUGCAGUGGUUACACAUGUCAAAGAAAUUGUGUUGAAAGUUCUAGUGCGAAAGUAGUAAUUGAGAUUGGAAAUAAAUACACAUGGGUUAUUGCACCACAUUUUGAAUUAAGAAGACAUUUCUCAAUGUUUGGUGUACCUAAAUAUAAUAAUGAAACAUAUUUAGAACAAACGCAAAAUGUUCCAAGUAGCAGUGCACGUCCUAAAUGUGAUGGGAAAUCACUAGCUAAAAAAUUUAAAUUAUUGAAAUUAUCUGAAUUAGCAACCGCUAAAAUUCCAAGACCUAGCGGUCCUUUCUGCGUUUUUUGUAAUUCUGUGAAAUUAUACAGAGAAAAAAAGAGAUUGAUUACUCAUCAAAAUGAUCCAGCAUAUUAUGCAAGACCAAAUCCAAUUUAUGAAAAACUUAUAAAUGGAUAUUGCACUGAUACUGUUGAAGUACUUGGAAUUCCAAAUGUCGAUCUUGUUAGUCCAGCAGAAGCAUUAUUAAGUGAUGGAACAUUCCCUGUUCUUAAAACAUUUGUCGGUCACUUAUUUCAUCAAAUGAGAUUAACUUCAACAUUAAGAAAACCUAAUGCAGUGCUAAUGUUUUGUGAACCUUUAGCUAUGCAUCCAGUAUUAAGGAAACAAUUAUUGCAUUAUUUGUUUCAAGAAGUCAAAGUAUCAAGAGUUUGUCUGGUUCCUAAACCUUUAGCAGCAUGUGCAAUGCUAGAUGUGGAAACUUGUGUGGUAGUCGAUAGUGGUGCUCUAAGUACAACAGUAGCUGUUGUAAUUGGUGGACGUGUUAUGCCACAACGUUGGAGAUUGUUACCUGUUGGUGGUUGGCAUGUAGCUUACCAUUUAAAACAAGCUAUGCAUUGGUAUUUAAAAGGAUGUUAUCACAUUCCUAUAUCAUAUCUAGAUACAUUACCUAUUAAAGAAAGAUGUAGAUUAAGUUAUAAUAUUAAAAAUGAAGAAAAGAGGGUAGGACAAAAAACUGGGGAAUCUAUUAAAGUGAGAGUCCGAAGCUAUGCUGAUAAUAAGCAAUUUUUGAGAGUUUCCUUGGGUUCAGAGUUAUAUAUUGCUCCUGAAAUGAUGUAUAUUAAUCUUGGUUUACCACAAGUGAUAAAAGAUGUAACAUCUGGUUUAUCAGAAGAUAUAUUGCAUGAUUGCCUUUCACACAUUUUGCUUACUGGAGGCAAUACACAUCUCUCAGGUUUUGGGUUAAGAUUAACUAAAGAUUUACGAGAAUUAUUACCAGAGCACAGCAAGAUAUUAGAAGUGAGAAGUUGUCCUGGUACUCAUAGUUGGAAUGUUGCAAUGGGUUCCACAUAUGUGCCUUUAGCUGUGCAUCCUGGUACUUCUACGGCCCAUCUUAGUCUACAAUGAAGCGGAAAAUGUAAGCUCUACCAAUAUGUAUCCAAUGAAUACUAGUCUGGUAGGCAUACGUUUUCGCACCGACAUUGCAAAAUUAUGCCCCUUAAGCACUUUGUAUUACAUUAUUAUUGAUCUAUGAGUUUUACAACUCCAUUAGAUAUCAUACAUAAUCAUAUCAUUUUCUAAUCCUCUUUUAAUUUUCUUGACAUUUCAAAAUGUCAUUAGUGACUAAAACCUCAGCUGAUCUCAUAAUUUAGUUAAAAUUUCUUAAUUGAAAUUAUAGUAAGUUAAAUAAAACUAUUUCUAUAGUGUAAAACUUCAUCAAUAUCUGGAUUUCAUACUCGUAUUGAAAUUCCGUCCAUUUUUAAGUUUUCAACUAUAUAAUUUUACAUUAUUACUCUUUUUUAUUCACAGAAAUGAUCAGCAAAUGAGGUACCCAAUUAAAAGAAAUACCCGAUUAAAGAAAAAUUUGGGAAUAUUUAUAUUCUGAUAUUAUUCCACAUCCUUCAUUCUAUAUCAGAUUUUGAUAUUUUACAUCGAGUUUACCUGAUAACUCAUACCCAUUAGGAUUGAGAUUUAAUCAUUCCAUAAUCAUAACGAAUUGUCUAUAAUUCCAAAAUUGUAUCUCCUCUCUUCCCUUAGAAGAUGAUUUUUAUGUAUAUAAUCCGCAGAUAGUAAAUUGUUUUGUACAUAUAAAAUAUAUAUGUUCAAUUGCUUGAUGUACAGGUAAAUAAGUUUAGAAAAUAUUAUUCAAAAAUAAAUGUUAUGAAUUUUAAAUAGAAUAUUUCUAAAAACUUGUUCAUAAUUUCGUAAAUUUGCAUUAUAUAAUUCUUGCCAAAAUGAAAAAUAUGUAUUAAUAGCCAAAUAUAUAGCAACAUUUCUAGUCACUUUAAAUAUAAUUAAAUUAUUUAGAUUUAUCUUCCAAGAUAAUAAAUAUUAUUAAAAAUAAGAAUUUAUAACAAAACUUUAGGACUAUAAAUCUAAAAUUUUAUGUUAUUGAUAAGAUCAUUGUUACCUUAAAUUUAAUUUUGUGAAUAAUACGCUAUUGUUUUGUUAUAUACAUUAAAGAUUUUAUUAAUUGCCAAGCUAAAAGUAAAAGAUUAUAUAAUAUUUAAAAAGUUAUACACAUUUUAAUACUACUUUAGGCAAAACUUUUAUAGUAUAUAAAUUAAUUUAAAAAAGAUAUAUAAAUAUAUUACAAAUAUCAUAGUAAACUACAUUUUUGUUAUUGAUAAAGAAUCUAUGCAAGUUAUUAAUUUAUAAUAUAAUUAUUGCUACAUAUAUAGGUGCUUGUAAAACAUAUGUCAGCAUAAUGUAAGCAUGUAUAUAAUUUAGCAACUUUAAACUAUAAUAUAAAUAUUUAUGACUUUUACAAAUUAUAUGUUUAAAAUCCAAUUUAUGUUAUUUUUUAACGAUUUAAUUAAUUUUUUUAAUAUUAUUUUAGCAAAAAGAAAACAAAUUCAACUAUAUUUCUUGACAAUGAUUUUACUUUUUUACUUCUUAUUAAUAAUAUCAUCUAAAUCAUUUUUUUUUUUCAUUUUACUUAUAAAUUUAAUUAUAUACUUUUCAGCUCAUGUUUUAUACUUACACGAAUAAGUGA